AUGAAACGAAAGAUCAGUGCGGAGGGGAUGGUAAGCUCGGACAAUUCUUCAGAAAUCAAUAAUGAUGGAAGAGAACCUCCAAGUAAAAAGGAAAAGCAAUAUUCAUCAAAUCACGUGUUUAGUAUUUUACGUGAAUAUGAUCCGUAUAUUUUGCAGAAAAUAUUUUCAUAUUGUCAUCCGAAAUUCAUGUUUGAAACAUUGAUGAUCACUUGUUCCGAAUGGUAUUUGAACUAUUUUCAAAAGAAACAGUUUGUUUUGUUUUUGAAAGAAUGGUUGUUGGAGAGAUGGAAGUUCUUGAUUCGAGAUUUGGACACUCAUGAGCUUGAUGAUGAACAAAAGAGUGCUAUCAUACCAGACGUGUUACAAAAGUUUAAUACAGAAAUGAAAGAUGAAAAAAUUGAACAGUUACUCAAGUAUGGGUUGCGAUUCUUGAAGUUGUUUUUAAAUGAACAUCCUUUUAAGAGAAGGAAAACAACAGAUACUAUGAGCGAUGAGGAUGACGAGGACGAAGAAGAUGAAAUCUUGGAAGAAGAGUCCACACAAUCUGAAAAUGAGGAAGAGAGGAAGAUGAAGAAGAGAAAGAGAGCGAAGAUGAAGAACCUCAUCUAG